AUGUCAGGAAGGUACCCGACGCACAUCGGCGAAGGCCGCCGCGACGUCUUCGAGCCUGGUCUUUCUCUCAGCUUCCAUCUCUGCUGCAACGCUACACCUCCUUCUCACAAGGCGAUUUCCUCCCUUCCAGUGAAGCUCAGCUCUCCCCAUACAGCACCCGUCUCGUUGUCCUACCGGUUCCCGGACGAAUCGUCGACCAGAAACUCGAAGAUGAAGUCCAUCUUCCUCCUCUCCCUCAAUGACGACGUUCUCCUCGCCGUCUUCUCCCUCCUUGGUCGCGAAGAUGCACUUGCGAUGUCUUCUACGUGCAGAAAGGUCUAUCGACUAGCCAUCCCUCUCGUCUUUUCCGACAUGUACUGGAGCAGAGACACCGACGAUGACGAAGAAGACGGCUUCGAGUUCUUGAUCCUCGUCGACGAACAUUACUUCAAAGACAUCGUUCAGAAUUGCAUCGAAGCAAUCGCUGCAUGCGCGAGCUCGAACAUGCUGGAGGUCCGCCGGGUCGAGGCCCUUCGCCCGCUCCCGCUGCGCCUCGCGCAAGCCGUCCCGACGCUCCGCGUCCUCGCGCUCUCCUCCUGCCGACCCGGGUCCACGGGUUCGACACGAAGCAGGCACGGCGCACGCGUGGAGUGCAGGACCUCCCGCCGGAGGUCGUCGCGGAGCUCGCGCGGAGGACGACGUGGAGGGCAGUGGGGUCCGACGAGCGAGUUCGUCGACCCGGGCGUGCGGAGGAUGCGGGAGCUCCGGGCGGAGAUCGCGCGCGACGAGCGGUGGUGGUGGAUCGAGGCCGAGGGCGCCGCGCGGCGGCCGAUGGAGAUUUGGCGGGAGGACGGCGAGCGGGCGCGGGCGUUGAUUGAACGCGUGGAUUUUGAGGCGAGGAGUCUCGACGGCUUUUUCUCGGACAAGUGCCGCUAUGAACGGUAG